AUGAGUGGAAUCAAUCUUGAUUUUCGGAAGGAAUUAUUAAGACGUGAAUCAUCUAUCAAUACAUUAAAUGAAUUUUUAAAAUAUGCAAAAAUUGAACAAGAUUUACAUGAUACAUUCGGUAGUCUAUCACUUGAUUCACAACAACGUCAUUUUAAUUAUAAUCACCCAUCAAUUCCAUCAUUAACUGCUGCAGUUAAUCAACCAAAACAGUAUUAUAAUACAAUGAAGUACAACAAUCCUGUUUCACAUUCAACACAAUUACAGAGCUCCGUUUCUCAGCGGAACUCGAUUCCAACACUUGGAAAUCGAACAUUCAUGGCACCUGAUAGAAAACAAAUUCGAAAUUAUCCACCACAAUCGAUAUUACAGAAGGAACUAAGCAAUAGUCAACCACUAUCACAACAUCAAUUCAACGACUGUAAAGUUUGCGGUCGCAACAAUCAUCGAACAAUUGAUUGUUAUUAUAAACCUGGGUCACAUGAUGGCGGUGUUCCCAGUAAAUUUAUAAAGCCAUCAACAAUAACAUCAUUUCCUGUUUACAUCAAGAUUCGUGUUAAUGAUCAACCAACUGAAGCAAUUGUUGAUACAGGUUCCGCCAUCUCAAUCAUUCAUUUAAAUUUUCUUAAAACUAUUCAUCACAAAAAUUUUUUUUAUAAAAAUCAUACAUGUCAAACAGCAAAUUCAACAUCACUUAAUAUAAUCGGCCAAAUUAAAUUAGAAAUAAAAAUCAAAUCGAUAACAACUUAUGUUGUUGCUUGUGUUGCAACAAAUUUAAUUACAUCAAUAUUAUUAGGAAAUGAUUGGAUUAAUUCGAAUCAUGUUCACCUUUAUGGUGACCAGAAAAAAUUAACUAUUCCUGAUCAACAUGAUCAAUUAAUUUCAAUUCCAUAUGUGGAGCCGACAUGCAUUAAUUAUCCAGCAUUAUUAAUUCGACAAAUUACUCUUCCACCAUAUUCACAACAAUUAGUUGAUAUACCAUGUCAAAUUAACAAUGCACACAAUCUUAUAUUUGAACCUUAUGAACCCAAAGUAUUACUAAUAAAUGCACAAAAUCGACAACAAACAUUAUCAAAAAAUACACGAAUCGGAACCAUCUCCCGUGAUGCAACAUAUACUAUAUAUGCAACUACACAAAUUCCAACAAAAAAUAAUUCUAUUUUAAAUGAACAUCAUCAAACAUCAACUCGACAUUACAAUAAAUUGAAAUUCAGAGCUGUCUUAUGUAAAAAGGACAACUCGAAUCAAGAAAAAUUAAAUAUUAUUUGUCAUCAUUGCGAUGAACAUUUUUUAUCUGGAAAUGAUUUACAAAAACACUUACGAGGAAAAUGUUAUUCAGAACAGAUUCGACAACAAAUACUCGAAUCGACUAAACAUAUAGAAAAUCCAAAACAUCGAUUAGAAAUUCAAGAUAUUUUAUGGCGAAAUAAAAUAUUAUUUGAUCCUACACCAUCAAUUAUUAAUAUUCCUCCACAAUCAGCAAUUAAAACUGCUGAUCAUCCACCUAUCUAUUCAGAACAAUAUCCAGCAUCAUCUAAAGAUCAAGAAAUUAAAUUUCAAGAAACACAAAAAUUAUUAGAACGUGGUCAAAUUGAAGAAUCAACUUCACCAUGGUCAUCACCGAUCGUUCUUGUUAAAAAAAAAGACAAAACUAUGCGAUUUUAUGCAUUUCCAUUACCUCGUAUUGAUGAAAUUUUUGAUCAAUUAUCUGAUGCAACAUAUUACACAAAAUUCGAUUUUAAAUCUGGUUAUUUCCAGGUACCUCUAUCUAAAGAGGACCGACCUAAAACUGCAUUCUCAACUCGUGAUAAUCAUUAUCAAUUUACAGUUCUUCCACAAGGAAUAACAAAUGGUCCAGCAACAUUUCAACGUGUUAUUAACCAUAUAUUAGGUCCUACACGAUGGAAAUAUGCAUUAGCAUAUAUUGAUGAUGUAAUUAUAUACUCAAAAACAUUCGAAGAACAUUUAUCACAUCUCAAUGAAAUUUGUCAAAUAUUAAAAGAAGCUCGUUUUCGUCUCAAUCCAGAAAAAUGUGAAAUUGCUCGAACACAAACUAAUUAUGUUGGACAUCGUAUACAAAAUGGUGAAAUUCGUCCAAGUCCUACCAAUAUACAUGGUUUACUAAAUACAAGAUUACCACAAACGGCAGAUGAAGCUUGUAAAUUUGUUAAAGCAGCGGAAUAUUACAGAAAAUUUAUACCUAAUUUUUCUCAAAUCGCCGAACCACUUCGAAAAUUUGUUCCAACUACACGAACUCAAAAAAAGAAAGGACAAAAAACUAUUAUUACAUUAACAAGUGCAGAAAUUAAAGCCUUCGAACAACUUAAAAAAUUUCUUACAACUGAUCUGGUAUUACGACUUCCAAAUAAUAGAUUCCCUUUCAAAGUACAAACCGAUGCUUCGGAUGAGGGAAUCGGUGCAGUUUUAUUACAAAUUUAUCCCGAAGGAGAUAGACCAAUUGCAUAUUUAUCAAAGAAAUUUACUCAAGCACAACGUAAAUGGUCUCCUAUGGAACAAGAAUGUUAUGCUUUUAUAUGUGCACUAGAUAAAUGGCAUAAUUAUUUAAGUGGAAUUACAUUUAUUUGGGAAACUGAUCAUAAAGCAUUAACACAAUUAAAUAAAAAAGCACAAAUUAAUAAACGAUGUGAAAGAUGGAGAUUAAAAAUUUUAGAAUAUGACUUCAAAGUGAAAUAUAUUCCCGGUUUAACAAAUUCAAUGCCUGAUUAUUUAUCAAGAUCUCCAGUUGACGAUGCUGAAGAAGAUCCUGAUGAAACUAUACAUCUUAUUUCAAAAUCAACACAAACCGAUAUUUCAAAUGUUAAUAAUCAUUCAUCUAUUGUCGCAGCUGUUGAAACUUGUGCUAUGAAAUUACGAAACAAAACUUUAAAUGACAUUCCAACUACAACAAAAUUAACACCAGAUUCUCUAAACACUUCUGUUGAAGAGAAUCGCACAAUUCCAUUUUCAAUUGACGAAUUAAUUCAAGCUCAACAAAAUGAUAAUUACGCAAAAAAUAUUAUAAACAACAUUAAGAAAUAUAAAAAUUAUAUUAUUAAAAAUAAUCUUUUAAUGCAUCGAUCAAAGACUCCAGUCCCUUACGUACCACAAGGUGAUUUCCGAAAAACAAUUUUACAAAUUUAUCAUGAUACUGCAGCAAAUGGUGCUCAUUUCGGAAGAGAUAAAACAAUACAUAAAAUUAAACAACGUUAUUUUUGGCCAUCAAUGUACAAAGAUAUUAAUAAUUAUAUUAAAUCAUGUAUUCCAUGA